AUGUCCGACGUCAGGGAGGUAUUCAAGCAAAACAUCCCAGAGGUCGUAAUCGUGACCCUGAGCACACCCCGAGCCAGCGAUAGCCCCUUCGCCGCAUCAAUCUCCCCACCGCGCCUGAUGGCCGAUUGCAACGCCAACGUGGUGGCAGCCAUGCAGGAGUUUGAUGUUCGCAAAGUGGUAAUUCUCCAAGCAUUCGGAUACGAAGAUCACAACCAUACCGACCGGGAAGUGCGUGAGAGUGAGUUGAAGUUCGUCCUUGUGCGACCAUCACGGCUGGUGGAAAGUGACGUGCUAGAAGUGCAUGAGUGGCCUGUUAACAGAAAAGGCGUUUCGCUGAUGGCGAGUGCUAGCCGAAAGAGCGUUGCUCAUUUCCUGGUAGACGCGGCGACGAAGUCCUAG